GUGAUCCUCCGCGCUGCUCUCUGAGAGUCUGCACGAGCUGUUUACGGAGGACGGCGGACCUGAAGGAAGACAGGCAGGACGAGAGCCUGUCCCAGCGACGACAGACAGACAGACAGACAGACAGACAGACAGACAGAAAGAGGUCACAGCUGGCAGGGUCGGGGUCAGAGGUCACAGCUCCAUGUUGUCUGAUAGAAGAUGAGAGAACAUGACUCCUCCUGCAGCGCUCUGCCGGGGUCAGAGGUCAAACUGCCCCAGGGCCAGGGAUCAGCUGGUCGCCAUGGUGAAGAGCUGGAGGAGGGCGGAGCUACAAACACAGAGCAGAAGAGAACAGGUGGAGAGGACGACAGGUAACACACACACAGCAACACUGUGUGUCGGUCUCUCAGGUGUGUCUGUCUGUCUCUCAGGUGUGUCUGUCUGUCCUCAGGGGUGUCGGUCUCUCAGGUGUGUCUGUCUGUCCUCAGGUGUGUCUGUCUCUCAGGUGUGUCUGUCUGUCUCUCAGGGGUGUCUGUCUCUCAGGUGUGUCUAUCUGUCUCUCAGGUGUAUCUGUCUGUCUCUCAGGUGUGUCUAUCUGUCUCUCAGGUGUAUCUGUCUGUCUCUCAGGUGUGUCUGUCUGUCCUCAGGUGUGUCUGUCUGUCCUCAGGUGUGUCUGUCUGUCCUCAGGUGCGAUCAUCCGGUGGACAGAGCAGGUCUUUUCUCCUUCAUGACGUUUCAUUGGCUGACCCCUCUGGCCAAACACGCCUACAGGAAACGACAGCUCCUAUUGGACAACAUCUGGCCCGUGUCACAGCGGGAGGGUUGCCAUGCCAACAGCCUGAGGUUGGCGUCUCUGUGGGAGGACGAGCAGAGGUCAAAGGGCAGCGAUGCGUCUUUGUGUUCGGUGGUUUGGUUGUUCUGUCGGGCUCGUCUCCUCCUCUCCAUCCUCUGUCUCACCGUCACUCAGCUGGCAGGAUUCAGUGGGCCGGCGUUUGUGGUGAGGCGUCUGCUGGAGUACACCCAGCGGGAGGAGUCUGAUCUGGCCUACGGUCUGCUGCUGGUUCUGGGUCUGCUGACGACAGAGCUGAUCCGGUCCUGGUCUCUGGCUCUGACCUGGGCCCUGAACUACAGGACGGGGUCCCGACUGAGGGGGGCCAUCCUGAGUCUGGCCUUCAACAAGAUCCUGAAGCUCCGCAGCUUCAGGGACAAGUCCAUGGGACAGUUGGUGAACAUGUGUUCCAGUGACGGUCAGAGGAUGUUUGAGGCAGCAGCAGUGGGUAGUCUGUUAGCAGGAGGCCCCCUGGUGGCCGUCCUCGGAGUCGCCUACAACCUGUUUGUGCUCGGACCGACAUCGUUACUGGGAUCAGCCGUCUUCAUCCUCUUCUACCCAACCAUGAUGUUCAGCUCCAGACUGACGGCGUACUUCAGGAGGAAGGGCGUGGCCGUCACUGACAGACGGGUGCAGAAGAUGAACGAGAUCCUCAGCUACAUCAAGUUCAUUAAGAUGUUUGCCUGGGUCAAAGCCUUCGCCCAGGACGUCCACAGGAUCCGCGACGAGGAGCGGAAGAUCCUGGAGCUGACGGGUUACUUCCAGAGCAUCACUGUGGGCGUGGCUCCCAUCGUCGUCGUCAUCGCCAGCGUGGCAACGUUCUCCGCCCACUUGUUGCUCGGAUACGACUUGACAGCAGCUCAGGCCUUCACUGUAGUGACCGUGUUUAACGCCAUGACCUUCGCCCUGAAGGUCACUCCCUUCUCUGUCAAGUCUCUGUCCGAGGCAUCAGUGGCCACAGAGAGAUUCAAGAGUCUCUUCCUGCUGCCGGAGGUCGACAGUGUGCGAGUGUUGCCUGGUGAUCCUCAGGUUGCCGUGGAGAUGUGUGAGGCCAGCCUGGCGUGGGAGGGCGGCGGACAGAGCGCUCAGCCCAGCCCGUGUGUCCGAACAGCCGGCAGACACCGACACAAGUGCAGAGACAGAGUGGUUCUGCAGGAGGAGGUGACCGGCUCCCUGCUGGGAGGAGGAGGAGAUGUAGCCUCGAGUCAAGAGGAGGAAGAGGGGCAGGAGGAAGCCUGUCCUCCCCUCCUGCCUGUCCCUCCGGUCUCCCAGAGACUUCAGAGCACCCUGCACUGCAUCAGCCUGAGUGUGGAGCAGGGGAAGCUGCUUGGUGUCUGUGGAAGUGUCGGCAGUGGGAAAACCUCCCUGAUCUCUGCCAUCUUAGGACAGAUGACUCUGUUGAAAGGCAGCGUGGCCGUCAGAGGAAGGCUGGCCUACGUGGCUCAGCAGGCCUGGAUCCUGAAUGCAACCCUGAGAGACAACAUCCUGUUUGGGCAGGAGUACCAGGAGGACAGGUAUCAGUCCGUGCUGAGUGCCUGCUGUCUCAGACCAGACCUCGCCCUGCUGCCCAACGCUGACCUUACAGAGAUUGGCGAGCGUGGUGCCAACCUGAGUGGAGGGCAGCGGCAGCGAAUCAGCUUGGCCCGCGCCCUCUACAGCGACCGCGACGUUUACAUCCUGGACGACCCGCUCAGCGCCCUCGACGCCCACGUGGCCAACCACGUCUUCCGCAAUGCCAUCAGGAAGCAGCUUUACCACAAGACCGUCAUCUUCGUCACCCACCAGCUGCAGUACCUGGUGGACUGUGAUGAUGUCAUCCUGAUGAGGGAGGGCAGUAUAGUGGAGCAGGGUAACCAUGACAACCUGAUGAAACUGAACAGAGACUACGCCGCCAUGUUCAACCACUUCCAGCUGGGAGAAACUCCUUACAUAGAGGCUCCCAGUAAAAAGAACGGUGGUUCUCAGAGGAAACCAGCAGAUAUUAAACCAGGAUCAGUGAAGAAGAACGCACCAGUCGUCAAAGAUAACAGGGAGGAGCAGCCCAGUGGGGGCGUGGCCUGGCCCGUGUUUCGGCUCUACAUGGCGGCGUGUGGUGGCUCCGCCUCCUGUCUGGUGAUCCUGGCUCUGUUCGUCCUCAAUGUGGGGAGCUCCGCCUUCUGCCAGUGGUGGCUCAGCUACUGGAUCAACCAGGGCAGCGGGGUCAGAUACCUCCUCCUCAUCAUCUCCUCAUCACCUCAUCACCUCGUCCUCAUGAUCUCCUCAUCACCUCCUCCUCUUCAUCUCCUCAUCACCUCCUCCUUAUCACCUUCUCCUCCUCACCUCCUCCUCCUCAUCAUCUCCUCAUCACCUCCUCCUCUAGUAACUCUUUUUCUUCCUCCUUCUCCUCCUUAUCACCUCCUUCUCUUCGUCACCUCCUCAUCACCUCAUCACCUCCUCCUCCUCCUCCUCCUCCUCCAGAACACCACAGUAACCCGGAGCAACAGCUCGGCAGUGAGCAUCAGUAUUAAGGACAAUCCCAUGAUGCAACACUACGCCACUGUCUACGCCUCCUCCAUGGGAGUCAUGCUGCUCUUCAAACUCAUCAGAGGAAUCGCCUUCGUCAAGGGAACUCUGCGUGCCUCUUCUAAGCUGCACGACCUGCUCUUCCACAAGAUCCUCCGCUGCCCCAUGAAGUUCUUUGACACGACGCCUAUAGCGCAAAUCCUCAACCGCUUCUCCAAGGACAUGGAUGAAGUCGACACUCGUCUGCCCUUCCAGGCUGAGAUGUUCAUCCAGAACGUGAUCCUGGUCUUCUUCUGCCUAGGCGUCAUCAGCUGUGUUUUCCCUUGGUUCCUGGUAGCGGUGGGUCCCCUGGUGUUGCUGUUCGCAGCGCUCCACAGUGUCUCCAGGGUCUUCAUCCGGGAGCUGAAGCGCCUGGACAACGUGACGAUGUCGCCCUUCAUGUCCCACAUCAGCUCCAGCAUCCAGGGCCUGACCACCCUGCAGGCCUACGACAGGGGCCGCGACUUCCUCACCAGGUACCAGGUUCUGCUGGACCAGAACCAGGCUCCGUUCUACCUGUUCAGCUGUGCGAUGCGCUGGCUGGCGGUGCGUCUGGACGUCAUCAGCGUGGCUCUGAUCAGCAUCACCGCCCUGAUGAUGGUUCUGAUGCACGGGAAGAUCUCCCCAGCCUACGCUGGCCUCGCCAUCUCCUACGCUGUCCAGUUGACAGGGUUGUUCCAGUUCACAGUGCGUUUGGCCUCUGAGACUGAAGCUCGCUUCACUUCUGUGGAGAGAAUCCAUCACUACAUCCAGUCCCUGUCCCAGGAGGCCCCGGCCCGGGUCAAAGGUUGUGCUCCUCCAGCUGACUGGCCCCAGCAGGGGGAGCUGGUGCUCAGGGAGGUGGAGAUGAGGUACCAGGAGAACCUCCCUCUGGUUCUCAACAAGAUCUCCUGCACAAUCCGGCCCAAAGAGAAAAUCGGCAUUGUCGGCAGGACCGGAUCAGGGAAGUCGUCUCUGGGCGUGGUUUUGUUCAGGCUGGUGGAGCGCUGUGGAGGAUCCAUCCUGAUCGACGGCAUCGACAUCAGUGAUAUCGGACUGGCCGACCUCCGCAGCAAGCUGUCCAUCAUCCCCCAGGACCCGGUUCUGUUCAGUGGGACAGUCCGGUCCAAUCUGGACCCGUUUAACCAGAACAGUGAGGAGCAGAUCUGGGAGGCUCUGGAGAGGAGUCACAUGAAGGAGUGUGUGUCCCAGCUGCCCCUGAAGUUGGACUCGGAAGUGGUGGAGAACGGAGAGAACUUCUCUGUGGGAGAGAGACAGCUGCUGUGUGUUGCCAGAGCUCUGCUGAGGCAGUGCAAGGUCCUGAUCCUGGACGAGGCGACGGCGGCCAUGGACGCAGAGACGGACACUCUGAUUCAGGAGACCAUCAGGAGUUCGUUUCAGGACUGCACCACCCUGACCAUCGCCCACCGCCUGCACACCGUCCUCGCCUCAGACCGCAUCAUGGUGCUGAACCAGGGACAGGUGGCGGAGUUCGGCGAGCCCUCCGAGCUGCUGGCCAAUGAGAACUCUCGGCUGUGCUCCAUGCUGGCCGCCGUGGAGAACAAGAUCUCAGUGCGAGGAUGAGGAGGAGGAGGAGGAGGAAGAGGAGGAGGAGGAGGAGGAGGAGGAUGAGGAGGA